AUGGCAACUUCAUCGAAGCUCAUUACCAUCGUAAACAGAUGCUUUGAAUGCGGAGAUUCAAUCUCUUCAACUCAGAAACUUAUAAACCACUUGAAUAUCCACGGUAUAUCUACACCUAGCAGACCUCUGGGAUUCCGAAGAAGAAAUAACGAGCAAUAUACCUUUGUGAAGUGUGGAAACGGUCACGGUUUGAUUGAAGCACACGCCGGUUGCCCAGCUUGUUCCGCGCAUUAUGCAGAUGUAAAAGAAUUGAAAGACCAUUUUUAUAUUUGUCAU